AUGCUGACACACCUGUGUAGCAUUAAGAAUACAUACCAUAAUAGGCUGCUGGGGCUGGCAGCCAUGGCCUCCCCCACCCGGAGCAGCCAGAGCUGGCGGCCAUGUAAAGACGCCGGUAGCCUUGGUUACGGCCCGGAGAGCCUGGGGGGCCGGGGGCCGACCCGGGCCCCCUUGGCCCCGGGCCUGGCGCGGGCCAGCAGCGACCCCGACCUGCCGGCCCCGGAGAGCCGCUCCACGCUGGCACUCAGCUGCUGCCACUACACCGUGGGCCAGAGCCAGGACCUGGUGCUCACCUGGGACAUCAGGGAGCAGGUGGACGCCGGGGACUGGAUCGGGAUGUACCACGUGGACGAGCCUCUGUCUGAGAACUUCCUGGACUAUAAGAACAGGGGAGUCAACGGCUCUAAGAAGGGGCAGAUCGUCUGGAAGAUCGAAGCCACCUCCUACCUCCCUGAGUCGGGGGGCCCCCUGUGCUUCAGGUACUACCACGGAGGGACGGGCGCCCUGCGAGCCACCACCCCCACCCUCACAGUCACCACCCCCGCUGCCCCUGUGAAACCGGUGGUGAGUCCAGAAGCCCACCACGGACUCGGUGGCCGCAGACUCAUAAACUUCUCGCUGUCAGACGUCCAGGCCCUGGGACUGAAGAAGGGGAUGUUCUUCAACCCAGACCCAUACCUGAAGCUUUCUGUUCAGCCUGGGAAGCACAGCGCCUUCCCCUCACUGCCCCAUCACGGCCAGGACAAACGCUCGGCCAUCAGCUGCAACACAGUCAACCCUCAGUGGAGCAGAGAGAGGUUCAGCUUCCUGUCCCUGCCCACCGACGUGCUGGAGAUCGAAGUCAAGGACAAGUUCGCCAAGAGUCGACCGAUCAUCAGACGCUUCCUGGGCAAACUCUGUGUCCCCGUGCAGAGGCUUUUGGAGAAGAACGCCAUCGGGGACCGGCGGGUGAGCUACCCUCUGGGCCGCAGACUCCCCACAGAGCAGGUCAGCGGCCAGCUGCAGUUCCGCUUCGAGCUGACCACCUGCAUCUACCCAGAUGAUGAGGAGGUAUCCCAAGCCUUGGAGUCGGUGCGCCAGCACGGGGAGACCUGGGUGGAGGCAGAGGACCCCAGUGACGUGGAGGACGCUGACACCCUGAGCCUGGGGGACGACAUGCCGGAGUUACCUCUAGAUGAAGCCCCCCCCGGCCCGGAGCUCUGCAGCUGCCCCCUGACGCCGCCAGCGCCGGACCUCCGUGUGUCCGGGGAAGCUGCUCCUCUAGAGGCGAAGGAGGAGCCGGGGUCGGAGGUGGGCAGCACUGCUGAGGACGGAGCCGCCGAGACCCAGACGGUUCCCCCGGAGGUCCUCACCGAGGUGGACGGAGGAGAAGAGACCCAGACGGUUCCCCCGGAGGUCCUCACCGAGGUGGACGGAGGAGAAGAGACCCAGACGGUUCCCCCGGAGGUCCUCACCGAGGUGGACGGAGUAGAAGAGACCCAGCCGGUGCCCCCGGAGGUCCUCACCGAGGUGGACGGAGGAGAAGAGACCCAGACGGUUCCCCCGGAGGUCCUCACCGAGGUGGACGGAGGAGAAGAGACCCAGACGGUUCCCCCGGAGGUCCUCACCGAGGUGGACGGAGGAGAAGAGACCCAGACGGUUCCCCAAGAGGUCCUCGAGGAGGUGGAGGGAGGAGAAGAGACCCAGCCUGUCCCCCUGGAGGUCCUCAACCAGGUGGAGGCAGGAGCAGAACAGGAAGGAGCUGGAGCGGAGUUGCAGGACGAGGAAGAGGAAGAGGAGGAGGAGGAGGGAGGAUCUGGAGACGCUGCAGAAGGGAUGGCGGCUGAACAGGUAGGAGAAGCCGCGGCUGACGUAGGACAAACUCCCGUAGACUCAGCGGAGGACGGUGGGCCUGCCGCUGAGGACGACCUCGUGGAGCCGGACGGAGAGGGAGCGCGGGGCGAUGCCGGAGAAGGAGAGCAGGGCGGAAUGGAAGAGAACCAGGAGGGCCGACUGGAGGACUGCAGCCCUGCGCCUCCUCGCUCCUGCACCUGUACCGGCACUGCUCCAGCGGUCUGCAUCUGCCGGAGCCCCGACCCACCGGGCCCCAACGCACCGGGCCCCUCCCCGCCUCGUAAACGCCCCUGCUCCCUCCCUGUGUCGGAGCUGGAGACCGUCAUCGCGGCGUCCUGUGGGCAGCCUGAAACGCCUCGGUCCCAUUACAUCCGAAUCCACCAUCUCCUCCAUAGUCUGCCUUCUGCCCAGAACAGAGAACCCAGCCAGGAGGACGAGGACGAGGAGGAAGAGGAAGAGGAAGAGGAGGAGGAAGAAGAGGAUUCAGAGAACAGGGAGGAGGUCCCAGAGUGCGCCGGGUCCUGCUGCCACCGCGCCCUUCCCCGCAGCCUGUCCAUCGAGCGCCUGUCGGAGCUCAACCACCUCCUGGAGGGCGAGAGGGGCGGUGGGGGAGACCCUGGGGGGCGGGGCGGGGGGGGCGAGGAGGGGGACGCCGGCCGCAGGGGGCGGCGGCGUGGCGGCGGCGGCAGCACGUGCCACGCGCCCGGCGAGCACGAGUGCGAACUGUGCGAGGGCUCCUGCCACAGCACUUCCUGUCAAAGCACUUCCUGCCACAGCCGCAGCACUUCCUGCCGGAGCACUUCCUGUUACAGCACGUCCUGUUACAGCACCUCCUGCUACAGCCACUCGGGCUACGACGGCCGGGGGCGGUUCUGCAGCCAGCGGCUGUCGUCGGUGGACAGCACGCGGCGCUCCGGGAGCACCGUGUUCUCCUCCCAGGACGACGACGAGGACGAGGAGAACAGCGCCUUCGAGAGGUUCCCGGACCCCGACGGCUCCCCGCCCGGCGGGGGGGCCGGGGGCCAGCGGGGGGGACCCUGGAACACCACCCACUGGGGGCCUGAGGGGACGGGGGCAGGCAGCGGGGGGCCCCCAGGGGGCCCCCCUGCUGCCCUGCGGCCUGGCUGGGACCUAGACCAUUUCCCCCUCCAAUCAGACCACACUUUACCUCCAAACUGGGAGGCCCGUAUCGACAGCCACGGCAGGGUGUUCUACGUGGACCACGUCAACCGGACCACCAUGUGGCAGAGACCCAGCCAGCCCCCCCAGUGCUCCCAGGGCCUCCCUCGCUCCGGCUCCACCCAGCAGAUGGAGCAGCUCAACAGAAGGUACCAGAACCACCAGAGAACGAUGGAGGAGGGGGAGGAGCAGGGGGACGAGGGGGACGAGGGGAGCAGGAGGCUUGAGAGGAGAGGCAGCCCCGAGGAUGGAGGCCCAAGGAGAAACCACUUACCUGUCAAUCACCAGAGCAUUAGCCUUCUGCUUCAGUCCCCCGCUGUCAAGUUCAUCACCCACCCAGAGUUCUUCACUGUGCUGCACGCCAACUAUGGGGCGUACCGGACGUUCGCCAACAGCUCCUGCGUGAAGCACAUGAUCCUGAAGGUGCGACGGGACGCCAGGAACUUUGAGCGCUACCAACACAACCGCGACCUGGUGGUCUUCCUCAACACGUUCGCAGACCCCCGGCUGGAGCUGCCCCGGGGCUGGGAGAUGAAGACGGACAUGCAGGGCAAGUCGUUCUUCGUGGACCACAACAGCCGAGCGACCACCUUCAUCGACCCGCGGGUCUCCCUGCGGUGCGGCCGCCCGCCCGGCCCCUUCUCCCACCGACCCCACCUGCAGAGGCUGCGCAGCUACAGCGCCGGGGAGGCCUCCGACGUCUCCAGACGUCCCGGGUCGUCCCUGAGGGUGCGGCCCCGCGACAGCCUGGUGCCGGCCGCACGGAGCCAGCAGGACGCCCCCCCGCCAGCAGCACUCUCCUACAAUGACAAGAUUGUGGCGUUUCUGUGGCAGCCCAACGUCUUUGACAUGUUAGAGGAGCGACAGGCCAGCCUGGCCAGAAACCCUGCACUGAGGGAGAAGAUCCACUACAUCAGAACGGAGGGUUCCCAGGCGCUGGAGAAGCUGUCGUGUGAUGCAGACCUGGUCAUACUGCUGAGUUUAUUCGAGGAGGAGAUCAUGUCCUUCGUGGCUCCUCACGCCCUCCACACCAGUCGGGGAUUCUCCCCUCGCAGCUCCCCCAUCGCUUCGCCUCACAGCUCUCCUGGCCUACAGAGGGCCCCGGCCCCGGCUCCGUAUCGUCGAGACUUUGAAGCCAAACUACGAAACUUCUCAAGGAAGCUGGAGGCUAAAGGCUACGGCCAGGGGCCGGGCAAGAUGAGGUUGUUGGUCAGGAGGGAUCAUCUCCUGGAGGGGACCUUCGACCAGGUCAUGGCGUUCUCCCGCAAAGAGCUGCAGAAGAACAAGCUCUACGUCAGCUUCCUGGGGGAGGAGGGGUUGGACUACAGCGGCCCCUCCAGAGAGUUCUUCUUCCUGUUGUCCCAGGAGCUCUUCAACCCGUACUACGGCCUGUUUGAAUACUCCGCCAACGACACCUACACCCUUCAGAUCAGCCCCAUGUCUGCGCUGGUGGAGAACCACCUACAGUGGUUCCGUUUCAGCGGGCGUAUCCUGGGCCUGGGCCUCAUCCACCACUACCUGCUGGAUGUCUUCUUCACCCGGCCCUUCUACAAAGCUCUCCUCAGACUAGCUACAGAUCUCUCUGACCUGGAGUACCUGGAUGAAGAGUUCCAUCAGUCCCUGCAGUGGAUGAAGGACAACACCAUCACUGACAUCCUGGACCUCACCUUCACCGUCAACGAAGAGGUCUUUGGACAGGUGACGGAGCGGGAGCUGAAGUCGGGCGGCAGCCACAUUCAGGUGACGGAGAAGAACAAGAAGGACUACAUCGAACGCAUGGUGCGGUGGCGGGCGGAGAGAGGGGUGGGGCAGCAGAACGAGGCGCUUGUCCGGGGCUUCUACGAGGUGGUGGACUCCCGGCUUGUGUCCGUGUUCGAUGCCAGGGAGCUGGAGCUGGUGAUCGCCGGCACAGCGGAGAUCGACCUGAGUGACUGGAGGAGCCACACGGAGUACAGAGGAGGUUACCAUGACAGCCACGUGGUGAUGCGCUGGUUCUGGGCGGCGGUGGAGUGCUUCAACAACGAGCAGCGUCUGCGCCUGCUGCAGUUCGUCACCGGGACGUCCAGCGUGCCGUACGAGGGCUUCUCCUCCCUCAGGGGUUCCAGCGGACUGCGGCGCUUCUGCAUCGAGAAGUGGGGCAAGGUCACCUCGCUGCCCAGGGCUCACACGUGUUUCAACCGCCUGGACCUCCCCCCGUACCCCUCCUUCACCACGCUGCACGACAAGCUGCUGACGGCCGUGGAGGAGACCAGCACCUUCGGCCUGGAGUGAUCCCCACACUGCUAAUGGCCCUGGUUCAAUACCAGUACUGGUUCAGGGAGUGAACCUCAUCCUGCUACUGGUUCAGUUCCAGUACUGCUUCAGGACCAGGACCAGUACCAGUACCAGGGAGUGAAUCUCUCACCCCGCUACUGGUUUGAGAUCAGUACCAGGGAGUGAACCUCACCCUGCUACUGGUUCAGGACCAGUACCAGUACCAGGGAGUGAACCUCUCACCCUGGGACUGGUUCAGUCCCAAUACCAGUACUGGUUCAGGGAGUGGACCCCUCACACUGCUACUAGUUCAGUCCCAGUACCGGUUGAGGGAGUGAACCCCUUACCCUGGAAACCAUAGAGAUGUCAGUCCUGGUUCAGGGUGUGUGUCGGACCUAUGAACACAUAAGAACACUGGUGUCUUUUGAUACAUUUGAUAUUCAUAUACGGCAUAACCAAGGAAUCCGUCUCCUAUUCUGCUGCAUGCACUGAAGCAUCGUCUCAUCUUCAUUGUUAUCGCUAUUCUCCAUAAUCAUGAGAAAUCGUAAUCAUCUCCAUAUUCAAGGACUGUAAAGAACAAAUGGGACAGAAGAACAAUGUCAGCAAAACACGAAUAUAAAAGCAAGCAAUAACUAAUAAUUCAUAGAACAUACUCCUAUCAAAUGUCAUUAAAAGAAAAAGAAAAUCCUAGCAAAAGGUGCACCAACAUCUCAUCUUGGAAAGAGAUCCCAGUUGAGAGACAGAAGGAAAAGGUCGGUAGACUGAGAGCCGACCCUCUGUGCCUUCCAAAGACAUGGCACAACAACGACAAGAACAAGACCGUUCGUAUCUCCGGUGAGGAGACUGAGGCUGCUUCAGCCGAGUCUAAAAGAAGAGACUGAUGCUGCUUCAGCUGAGUCUAAAAGAAGAGACUGAUGCUGCUUCAGCCGAGUCUAAAAGAAGAGACUGAGGCUGCUUCAGCUGAGUCUAAAAGAAGAGACUGAGGCUGCUUCAGCUGAGUCUAAAAGAAGAGACCGAGGCUGCUUCAGCUGAGUCUACAAGGGAAACUGAUUUAAGAAACAAAGGGACUAUCAAGGCACUCAAUAGACUGUAAAUCUGAAGAGGCUUUCAGGAUAACCUUUUAUUUAUUUAUAUAUUAUUUAUUUAUGUACAUUUACAUGUAAUAUGAUUAAAUAAUAGAUAAUGACAACAUAUUUAAAAUAAUUGUCAUACAUAAAACAUUUGAUUGGCCAUCAAAUGAAGAACAUUGAAUCUUAAUGUUUUGAUAUGUGAAAUGCUCUUCCAGGCUGUGAUCCGGAACAAUAGAUUUAUAAAAUCUCCUUCUUGGUUCUUAAGACUUGGGUUCUAAAGGGAGUAGUUUUCUUUGUUUGGUGUGGACCACUUCACUGUCCAGGGUCUGGUUCCACCUCAACCAGGGGACCAUCUCGUCCUAUGAAUGAUCCUGUACAUCUGGAUACAGGUCACCUCAGGACCUGAUUGUUGAGGUCUAAUAUGAUCCAUCAAUGCUUAAAUUAAUAUCAAGGCAUUCAUUGGUGCAUCGGUUUAUAAAUAAACUAUAUCCUUUAGUAAUUAACUCAAUUUACAAAGGGGGAAUGACUUCAGUCAACUCCUGGGAGUGUCCGAGGAGUGUAUAUUGCUGCAGAAUAAUAACAAGGCUCUUAUGAUUGCUCUGCAUAAGCAUGAUUUCUGAAUAGUGUGGAGAGGAUAUAUUUAGUGUUUUUGUCUCUAUUUCUAUUAAUGAGUUGACAUCUCGACCCGUCUCUUUUAUAGUGACCACAAAUGAUGCAAACAAUUCUGUUAAAAAGGAGUGACUAGGACUUAUAUAUAUAUAUAUAUAUAUACAGUCCUGUAACAGUUAGACAAUGGGAUGACACUUUUUGAAUGUUAUGUUUCUUUAGUAAAUGUACGCUGUACAUUUUCUAAACAUUGUGUACAUAACAUACAGCCUUCCGCACGAAAGAGUUUGCCUUUUAAUCUUUCUCGAUCAACAUGUUAAUGCCUCUUUAAUUGCUGUGUGUGACAAAGGUAAUUUAUUGUUUUUUAUUGUUACUUUUUUUUAUGUAUUGAUUUGGAACAAACUGUCACCAGCCAUUCUGUGGUGAGACCGUAAUUGUACUGUUGGUGUAUUUAUAAAAAAAAAAUACAGGACACAUCAUGUUGAUGAUGUGAGAAGAUUCAGGGCACUGGUCUGAAUCGAAACAAAUGACUUCUCUUAUUUAAUUACUUAAGCCAACGCUACAAUCCACCUCGCUGACUUCACCUGGCUCCUGCAGACAAGCACGCAGGGUUGUGCUGUUGGAAAUCUGGUUUAUUUUAGACAAUGAUACAUGGCCUGGUACUCCAUGCUGCCAUGCAGGAGAUCACUCUGUGUGUGUGUGUGUGUGUGUGCGUGCGUGUGCAUGUGUGUGUGUGUGGCGGGUUCAACCUGUGCUCACUGAUUGCUCAAUGAGCAGCAGGUGUGACUCAGCCAGCUCCAGAGUCCAAUCAGUCUGACUCGGGCCAGGUGAGGCUGCUUAACCAGCCAUCAUCCACACACAUCCACGCACAUUUUUGUUUGAAUCUGCUAUAAUAGUAUCGGGGGUGAUAUAAAAACACUAUGACGGAGGACACAUGAAGGCUGUGAUGCCACUUUAACUGAUUAUAUAUAUAGUAUAUAUACCACUAUCUACAUACUAUACUGAACUUGAACAGUGAACAGAAAUUAUCUUCAGGAAGCUUUUGAUGAAUCUUUACCAGACAUACAAACAUCUCUUGAAUUUUAUUUGUAUUUUUUUAAGUAAUAUUUACUGUAGGCAGUGGACAUAUUUUAAGUAUGAUGUUAAUGUUGAGCAAAAAAGGGGAAAUAUUUGUUUUAGACGAUAAACGCCUUUUUUUUUAAGAGAAUUUGCAAUGAAUCCUUGCUUUGUUUUCAAAGCCAAAGUUCGGGAUUGUUUCUGAGAACGUGACUUAAUGUGAAUGAAUACUCAUGAUGCUUGUGGUCUAACCUUACACAUGUUACUGAAUAUCCAUUAAAGAUCCUUUUUUAUUCAAUUAUGUUUGU